AUGGCCUACUGCUCUUUAUCAAAGGAUGAGAACAGGGUUGAUCAUGAAGUGAGUGGUCUUGAGCUUACACUUUCAGUCAUGGCCUCUUAUCCUCACCCUUAUAUUCCCCUUCUGGAUGCCAAUUUCUCUACCUGUUUCUUCUCGUUGCUCGAUGAAACCAGGGACCACAAGAGGCCUAAACGAGCCACCAGCAUCCCUGAAUCAAUUGGCAGUUAUAGCAGCCUUUAUAGAGGGGGAGGCUCAAGCAGUGAAAGUAUUAUUAGCAGUAUUAGCCACAGCAGCAGCACCGGCAGUCCAAAUAGCCUGAGUAAGCUUUGUUUUCGAGAUCAUAUAAGGACUUAUACUCAGAGAUACCUAGCUGCUGAGGCUGUAGAAGAGGCAGCAGAAGCCAUGACUAAUACAGAAGAAGGUACUGGAAGCAUUAACGAUCAAGAAGAUGGAAGUGCAGAUGCAAUGAAGCUUCUUCAACUUCUUAUUGCUUGCACGGAAGCUGUGGCUUGUCGCGAUAAAUCAUAUGCUUCUGCUUUGUUAUCAGAACUACGAGCUGAUGCAUUGGUGUUCGGCUCCUCUUUCCAGCGUGUGGCUUCUUGCUUUGUCCAAGGAUUAGCUGACAGACUUGCUCAGGUUCAGCCUCUUGGGACAAUAGGCUUUGCCGCACCAGUGAUGAACAUAAUGGAUAAUGCUUCAGAUAAGAAAGAGGAAGCCUUUCGCCUUGUUUAUGAGAUUUGCCCACAUAUUCAGUUUGGUCAUUUUGUGGCAAUCUUUGACUCAUUAGACGCAAUGUUGCCCAAGUACGACACCAGGCGGGCCAAAAUGGAACAGUUUUAUUUUGUAGAGGAAAUAAAGAACAUUGUGAGUUGUGAAGGGCCAGCCAGGAUGGAAAGGCAUGAGAAACUGGACCAAUGGCGCAGAAGGAUGAGCCGUGCAGGAUUCCAAGCUGCACCAAUCAAGAUGGUGGCUCAAGCAAAGCAAUGGCUACAAGAAAAUUAUAAAGUUUGUGAAGGUUACACCAUUGUUGAAGAGAAAGGAUGUCUGGUUCUUGGCUGGAAGUCUAAGCCAAUUGUCGCAGCUUCCUGCUGGAAAUGUUAA